AUGGAGAUCAUUUUAUUUGGCCUUCCCUUGGCCGUCCUCUUCUUCUCUAAUGCUCAGGCAGCCACUUUUACCUUCACGAACAACUGUCCUUACACUAUAUGGCCAGGAACCCUAACAGGCAGCGGUAAUCAGUUGUCCUCAACUGGCUUCGAGUUAGCCAGCAAAGCCUCAUUUACCUUGGAUGUCCAGCCUCCAUGGAGUGGCCGCUUCUGGGCUCGGUCUGGUUGCACCACAGACCCUUCUGGCAAGUUCAAAUGCGCCACUGCAGACUGCGGCUCCGGCCAAGUCCAGUGUAAUGGUGCAGGUGCAAUCCCACCUGCCUCCCUUGCAGAGUUCACUCUAGCACCAAAUAGUGGAAAAGAUUUCUUUGAUGUUAGUGUCGUUGACGGCUUUAACUUACCCCUUUCGAUAAGCCCACAAGGCGACGACGCUUCGUGCAAGAGCACGAGUUGCCCAGGGAAUAUCAACGCUGUUUGUCCUCCGGAACUGGCCGUGAAAGGGGCAGAUGGGAGUGUCAUUGCUUGCAAGAGUGCUUGCUUAGCAUUUGAUCAAUCGCAAUAUUGUUGCACCGACCAGUAUGGUACACCGGAUAAGUGUCCACCGACGAAUUAUUCAAUCAUUUUCAAGAACCAGUGUCCUCAGGCUUAUAGUUAUGCUUACGAUGAUUCAACUAGCACGUUUACAUGUGGUGCUGGAGCUAAUUACCUUAUCACAUUUUGCCCAUAA